GAAAAACAGCGGGGAAAAAAAUUACGGAGGAAAACCGAAAAGGGCACGAGCACAUUACGCCGCGGCCGUGUUGUCGCCAAGGCGAGGCGCAUUCCGUGUCUCCACGCUGCCUAGCUCGAUCGGACCUGCCGGCGGACGGACGGACGGACGUUUACCCAUGCCCAUGUCUAUGUGAGAGGCCCGGCCGCCGCUGCCCCCGUCUCCCCUGCCGAUGCGCGUUUGAGAUGCCAUUAUUCCGGCUCGGCUCCUAACCACUCUCCCCGGAACGACGACGAUACCGCCGACCGCGCGGCGGCCCUGUGACGCCGCGCGCCCUCAUGGCGUCAACCGAGCAACUGGCGUCGUCCCCCGCGGGAGGGCCGCCAGGGCCGAAGGCACGGGCAGCACCGCCUCCGGAAUCAUCGUCGUCGCCGCCACCCCCGCCGAAGGCUUCCUCGUCGUCUCCUCCGCCGCCGACACCGCCGCCGCCACCGUCGAAGCAGUCGUCCCCGCCUCCCCCGGCCCACAACAGCACGACGUCGCCGAACACACCAGCGACCCCGCCAGAGAAGUCUCCGGCGGCUUCCCCUCCUCCUCCGGCCUCGCCGCCGCCACCAAGCCGGUCCUCUCCUCCUCCUUCGCCGUCUUCGCCGCCCCCGUCGCCACCUCCGCAGUCUUCGCCGCCGCCGCCCGCGGCGUCGACGUCGCAGCAGUCGCCUCCGGCACCGGAACCGACCAAGCCACCGACACCCCCGUCGUCGGAGAAGCCCGGAGCAGCCGCCGGGACGACGGCCUCGUCACCUCCCCCAAAUGCGGGACAACCGCCACCGCGCGAGACACCGUCGACGCCACCGGACACCGCCGGUCACCAGCCACCUCCGCCGGCGCCCACGCAAAUGCUGCCUCCUCCGAUGGCGCUGACGGUGAUCAUGCCGGGCGGCGUCUCUGGCGGCCCACCUGCAGGCGGCAUGUGGAGGUCCCCGCCUGGGCCCCCCGCGGGUGGGGGUGGGUCGGGCAGCAACAGCAACAUGAAGAACGAGGCGGUGGUCAUCGGGAUCUCCGUUGCCGGGCUGGUCCUGGCACUGGCGUCGCUGCUGAUAAUCGCGUGCGCAACCGGCAAGCAGGGCAACCGGGGGAGGAAGCGGGAGCGGCACGCGUCGCGCAGGCACAGCAUCGUGGUGCCGGAACGUCAGUGUGGCGCAGCCGCGGGCGUGGUGUCGGCGGACGUGUACCAGCCGUCGAACGGGCCGGCGCCGUCGCCGUCGCCGAGCGGGACGUCGAGCUCGUACGACCUGUCGGGGGCCAACAAGUCGUGGUUCACGUACGACGAGCUGGCGGGCAUCACGGGCGGGUUCUCGGCGGCGAACGUGAUCGGCGAGGGCGGGUUCGGGAAGGUGUACAUGGGCGCGCUGGGCGACGGGCGGCGCGUGGCGGUGAAGCAGCUCAAGCUGGGCAGCGGGCAGGGGGAGAAGGAGUUCCGCGCCGAGGUGGACAUCAUCAGCCGCAUCCACCACCGCCACCUCGUCACGCUCGUCGGCUACUGCGUCACCGAGAACCACCGACUCCUCGUCUACGAGUUCGUGGCCAACAAGACGCUGGAGCAUCACCUGCACGGAAAAGGGCUGCCCGUGAUGGAUUGGCCGAAGCGGAUGAGGAUUGCGAUCGGAGCGGCGCGUGGGCUGACGUACCUCCACGAAGACUGCCAUCCUAGGAUCAUACACAGGGACAUCAAGUCGGCCAACAUACUCCUGGACGACGCCUUCGAGGCCAAGGUUGCAGAUUUCGGCCUCGCUAAACUGACAAACGACUCGCUGACUCAUAUCUCCACGCGCGUAAUGGGCACGUUCGGGUACAUGGCACCCGAGUACGCACAGAGCGGGAAGCUGACGGACAGGUCCGACGUGUUCUCGUUCGGGGUGGUGCUCCUGGAGCUCAUCACCGGGCGGAAGCCCGUAGACGCAUCUCAGCCACUGGGAGAAGAGAGCCUGGUUGAAUGGGCUCGGCUUCUCCUCGUGGACGCCUUGGAGACGGACGACUUCCGAGAGGUCGCCGACCCCGCGCUGGAGUGCAGGUUCUCCAAGACCGAGAUGCGGAGGAUGGUGGAGGCGGCCGCCGCGUGCGUGCGCCACUCCGCCGCCAAGAGACCGAGGAUGGUGCAGGUGUGGCGGUCGCUGGACGUGGACGAGUGCUCGUCGGACCUGACCAACGGCGUCAAGCUGGGGCAGAGCAUGGCGUACGACUCGACCCGCUACUCGGCGGACAUCGAGCUGUUCCGGCGAAUGGCGUUCGCCAACGACCUCUCCACCGCCGAGCUGGGCGUCGUGGACGAGGACGACCACCGGUACCACAACAGCAGCAAAGCCAGCUCCAGCUCCAGGCGGUACAAGUAAUCGAAACGACACGCGUGCGUGCGUGAACCACAAACACGUGAUCCAGUCCAGGCGGCAGGUCGAUCGAAUCGCGCAAAGGACCGCACGCCAGCCGCCACUACAUACGCGGCGCGCGGCUGCACGGGGGACGGUAUACGUAGUAGCGGAGAAUCGCAGAGGAGAAGCUAGCUGACGACGUGAGGCACAGCACAGCAGCAGGCGGCAAUAAUCUUCGUUUGAGCUAGCUAGCACGGUAUCUGUACGUACGCUGCUAUUCACUGCGUGCUGUUUGCUUUUGUGUGUACAGCCGUGCAAUUCUUGUCGCCUAUAACAAAAGAAAACCGCUUGGCAUACGGUACAACCACGUCCAUCUGGUUAUUAGACGCUCUCCAACGGUCCACUCAAGCCUCCCCCUCCCCUCGCGAGAGUGCAUCAUCUCCGAAACGCCUACCAUUAUAUAUAUGUGUUACUGAACUGUAUAUG